AUGCACUAUGCAUAUCCCUUUCUGUUGCCCCUUGCUCUCAUGCCUCACACCCAUGCUUUCCUUAACCUCCCCUCCCCUCCCACCCCCAUUGCCUCUCUGUCUCACCUAUCACAGCCCCAAGCCCCUCUGUAUGGUAUAGCUUCUCCUAUCACCCCUCAGACUCUCCGUGUUUCCUUCCACCCCUCUCUCCUUGUGUCCACCCCUCUCCCUGCCCUCACUCCACUCCUCACCUCCGCACCUCUCCCUGCCCACAUUCCACUCCCCACCACCACAUUCCACCCCUCUCCCGCCCCUGUGGCCGCCCUCCUCACCUGCAGCGACCUCUCUUCCAACCAGUUCACUGGCACCGUGCCGCCAGUUGUCAGCAACCCCACUGACCUCGUCAGCAUCAACCUGGCACACAACCUGUUGCAGGGCUCCCUUCCCCGGGCUCUCUCCCGCCUCUCCUCCCUCACCUACCUGUGCGCCCUCCUCUCCCUUGCUCGCCGCUGCUCCUUCUCCAACGUGUCGUCCAAUCAGCUGUCAGGAGACAUCACAACGGCCUUCUCUCCUCCGCGCUCCCUCGAGAUUGUUAAAAACUCCUAUCCCCUUCCUUCUCUUCUCCCCCUCCCCUUUCCCUCCUGCACCCUCUCUUUCCUUGUGCGUGUUCUCCCAUUUCCGCCCACCCAUGUAUCACUCUCUCCCUUAUACCCCACCCAUGCCUCUCCCCCCCUUCAACUCCCAUCCAUGCCUCUCUCCCCCUUCAACGCCCAUCCAUGCCUCUCUCCCAUAUUACCGCCCGACACACUCAACAUGUAUGCAACACGCUCCCAUUGCCGUAGCGACCUCUCAUUCAACGUGCUCUCAGGGUCGCUGGAGAGCCCUCAUGCUCCAAGCUUCGCUGCUCGUGCCGUCUUUGAGUCAUGCUCUUCUUGCUGGCUUGCGUCCCCUGCCCCGCCAUCGCGCAUGCCUUCCCCUGCUUCUCUCCCACCCGCUCCCCAUUUCUCCCCCCUGCCACCCCUUACUUCUCUCCCACCCGCCCCCGAUUCCUCCCCCCUGCCUCUCGUCCAUCCCCCAUGCGCCCUCUUUCUUUCCUGCCAGCCCAGCCCCAUGCGCCCUCUUGCUUUCCUGCCAGCCCAGCCCCAUGCCCCUCCUGCUUCCCAACCGCCCAUCCCUGCUUCCCGUCCCCUCCCCCCCUGCUUCUCGUCCGCCCAUGCCUGCAGGGCGCUGCACCAUAACCAACUCUCCGGCCCCAUCCCCGAGUACCUCUGCCAAUCCGUGCUGCAUAUCAUUUGCUUCCUCCCUACUGCCUUGUCAUCUACCCACACCCACACCCUUUUGCACUUUAUCUUGCUUGCUUCCUCACCUCCUCGCUCCCCUCACCCUCUCCCCUUCUCGCGUUCUCCCAUUGCCUCUUUUUCCCCAUGUCUCCACCUGCCCACCUUCCCACCUGCCCACCUUCCCACCUGCCCACCUUCCCACCUGCCCACCUUCCCACCUUCCCACCUGCCCACCUUCCCACCUGCCCACCUUCCCACCUGCCCACCUGCCCACCUGCCCACCUUCCCACCUGCCCACCUUCCUACCUGCCCACCUGUCCUAUGUGCCCACCUUCCCAUGUGCCCACCUAUCCCAUGUGCCCACCUGUCCCAUGUGCCCACCUUCACAUGUGCCCACCUGUCCCAUGUGCCCACAUUCCCAUGUGCCCACCUGUCCCAUGUGCCCACCUGUCACAUGUGCCCACCUGUCCCAUGUGCCCACCUGUCCCAUGUGCCCACCUUCACAUGUGCCCACCUGUCCCAUGUGCCCACCUUCCCAUGUGCCCACCUGUCCCAUGUGCCCACCUGUCCCCCGUUCCACCUUCCCACCCGUCCACCUGCCCCCCCAUUCCACCUGCCCCCCCAUUCCACCUGCCCCCCCGUUCACCUGCAGGCUCCUGGGCCAUCUCUGCUCCUGACCUCUCCUCUUUCCCUUGACCCCUGCGCCCCCUUACUCUGCAUCUGUCUCCCAGAUAUAUCGAACUCUCAGUGGGCAUGUGUGUGGGUGACGCAGGGGGAGCAGCAGGAGGGAACUGCAGCAGGAGGGGAGGGUGGGGGGAAUAGUAGUGCAGUGGCAUGGCUGGCUAUGGAAAGGAAUUGUAUGGGGAGUGAGGGGGUGGGGCAGCAGUGGGGGCCGACAGAGUGUGCGGCGGUGUGUGGGAUAGAUGGCUUCAGCUGUUGUCGUGCUCGCGUCUACCCAACCAACCCUCUUUGCUGCCUUCUUUUGCUUCUCUCCCCCACUCCAUUUCCCUCUCUUAUAUCUCAACGCCAUUACCCCUCUUUGUCUCAAUCUCUCCCUUCUUCCCCCGCUUUCUCCCCCUCUUCCCCCAACUUCCUCCUCUCAUCCCCCCCUUCCGCCCCUCGUCCCCCCAUUCCCCCCCUCUUCCCCCCCCUUUCCCCCCUCAUUCCCCCCAAUCCCCCCCCUUCCCCCCCCCACUUCUCGCUAUCUUCCCUCCCUUCCCCCCCCACCUUCCCCCUCUUCCGCCCUUCCCCCCCCCUUCCCCAACCCUUCCCCCCCCCCCUUCCCCCCCCGCCUUCUCCCCUCGUCCCCCCCCUUCCCCCGCUCGUCACCCUGCUUUCUCCCCAUCGUCCCCCCCCUUCCCCAUCUCGUCUCCCCCUCGUCCCCCCACCUUUCCCCCCUCAUCCCCCCCCGUUCCUCCCUUCGUCUCCCCACCUUCCCCCCAUACCUGUGUCAUGA